AUCACAAAUUCAAGCAAAUGAAACUUUGCUUUAACGUGUGGACAUCACACUCUCUUUCUCUCUCUCCAAUCUCCAAUAUGGGCAAUAUCUUCUUCCAAACGACUAGGAGCUAGAUAUUUCUUCUCUUCUUUCUUCCAUUUUAUCCUUUUAAAUCAAAUUCCAAUUUUCUAGGGUUCUUACAAAUUACAACUUGUUAUAAAAAGAUUCAAUCUUUUAUUAGCAGGAUAAUAAAAAUAUUUAAAAAGAUUCAAUCUUUGGCUUAAAAAUGGCCACCCUUACAAAAAUGGGUUCAUACCCAGAUAUCCAAUUGCCACUUCGGCCGGAAAUUCGUCGGGAAUUCUCAAUUCCGGGGAGUAUUCCGGUACUGGGUCAAUCUAGGAAGUGUAGAAGAAGACGGUGUUGGAAAGUUUGCAGGGGUUUUAAGGAAGAAGAAGGGGGUGGUGCUGAGAUUGAGGAGAGAGAAAAGGAUAUUAGGAAUUUGAAAUUGGUGUUGAAAGUUAAAGGGAAUGUAAGGGAGAUUGGUAGUUCAAUUAAGUCAGGGAUUGUGAGAUUGUGUAAAUUUCCUUCUGGGGAUGAGAACAGGGAUGCAUUGGCUGAGCUCGAGAAGGUUCUUUUCUCGGCUGCUCUACAAGUUGGGAGAUACAUUGUGACAAUGAUGAGCACGGGUGUUGUUCUACUUACUGGAGUUCAAUUGUCAGGUGGUGAGAUGAAUGACUUGAUCUGGUAUAGUUGGCUUGGAGGGGUCAUAAUUGGGACUAUGGUAGGGGCAAACAUGGUUAUGGAUGAACAUAGCCGAGCUGGUCCAAGGAAUGUUGUAAUAACUGGGAGUACUAGAGGGCUCGGUAAAGCACUUGCUAGAGAAUUUCUUCUUUCUGGAGACCGAGUGGUUGUUACUUCACGCAGUGCUGAUUCAGUGGAUGCAACUGUGAAAGAGCUUGAAGAAAGUCUUAGGGAAAUGAAAGCUGUAAAUGGGAAAAAUCAGAGAUAUGCAAAAGUGGUAGGCAUACCAUGUGAUGUUUGCAACCCUAAUGACGUGAGCAAGUUAGCUGAUUUUGCUGUAAAUGAACUUGGUUCAGUUGAUAUUUGGAUUAACAAUGCAGGAACAAAUAAAGGAUUCAGACCCUUGUUGCAAUUCACUGACGAAGAUAUCAAGCAGAUUGUAUCAACGAACUUAGUUGGAUCUGUAAUCUGCACCAGAGAAGCUAUGCGGGUAAUGACAAGUCAGAAAAAGGGGGGCCACAUAUUUAACAUGGAUGGUGCAGGUUCCGGGGGUUCCAGUACCCCUUUGACAGCAGUCUACGGGUCAACAAAAUGUGGUCUGCGGCAGCUUCAAUCCUCACUCUUGAAGGAGUGUAGGCGGACCAUGAUAGGCGUCCAUACAGCGUCGCCUGGCAUGGUUCUGACAGAGUUACUGUUGAGUGGCUCCAGUCUGAAGAAUAAACAAAUGUUUAACAUCAUCUGCGAACUUCCAGAGACAGUUGCUAGAUCCUUGGUUCCACGCAUGAGGGUGGUGAAGGGCAGCGGAAAGGCCGUUAAUUACUUGACACCUCCAAGAAUUCUGCUUGCACUGGUCACUGCUUGGCUAAGACGUGGUCGCUGGUUUGAUGAUCAGGGAAAGGCAUUGUAUUCAGCUGAAGCGGAUCGAAUCAGGAAUUGGGCAGAGAACAGAACCCGUUUUUCUUUCACAGAUGCAAUGGAAAUGUAUACAGAAAACACAUGGGUUUCUGUUGUCUCCCUCUCUGUAGUAUGUGCCUUCAUCAUCCUCUCGAGCACAGGUAGCUCAUUCCACGGCACUUGAUCAACAAUCAUUUAAGCGAGCUAGGGUGAUGCUAGAUUCCCUUAGAAACCUGACAUUUAUUAUACUGAAUACUCUUCCAAAAAGCCUUGCUCAAUCACAGAACAUUCAACAUCAACAUAAUGUAUUUAAGGGAUUUGUAUAGAAGUGGAGUUACUGGAGUGUAGGCUUGAUUUCACUUUUUUUUUUAGAAUUCUUUGUAAGUUUAAAUUUAGGACAUUUUACGUGUAUAGAUAGAUGUUUACAAUGUAUUAUUGUUUUUUGUUUGUAGUUUGUGUAAGAUGAUCUUUCCUGAAAUGUAAAAUAUGAUGUACUCUUUGCUACAGUAAUAUAUUACAGAAUUGUUGUAUCA